GAGCAUAAUACCCUCUAGGUCCAUCCAUGUUGUUGCAAAUGGCAGGAUUUCAUCCUUUUGCACAGUUGAAUAAUAUUCCGUUGCGUAUAUGUACCACAUCUUUAUCCUUCAUCUGUUGGUGGACACUUUGGUAGCUUCCGCAUCAUGGCUAUUGUAGAAAAUCCAGCAAUAAUAAUAGGGGUGCAUAUAUCUUCUUGAAAUACUGGUUUUGUUUUCUUCAGGUGAAUACUUAGAAGUGGAAUUGCUGGGUCCUGUGGUAUUUCUAGUUUUAGUUUUUUGAGGAAUCUCCCUACUGCUUCCUGUAGUGGCUGCACCAGCGUACAUUCCAGGUGGUCACUUUAGACGCGGAGUUAGAGGAGGCCCCUCUGCGGAGGUGACGUGGAAGCUGAGGUCCUGCUGGCAGGAAGGAGCAGCCAAGACUGAGGGGAACUUCCCAGGCCCAUCCCGGACCUUGGGGGGGACUAGGCACAGGCGCCCCAGAGCAGAGAGAGAGAGAAGGUUUUAUCACAGACCAAAUCCACCAACCCUGGUAAAACUGUGCUCAGGUUGACCUCUGGAUGCAGUGAAGUGACGUUUGUCUGUGACGGUGGCUCCUUGUGGGCUCCGCCUUGUCAUCCUCCCCUGGCAACCACAGGCUGUCUCGGCCUUUACCGGUCACUGCGUCAUCUCUGACCCGCCUGCCCACCAGGAGCUCAGGGCCUGCACAGGUCAACCUCCCACCUCUGUGCCACCCGCGGGCCGGCAGCACUGCCGCCAGGGAGCCUCAGGGCCCUUCCAGGCAGAGGCAGGUCCCAGGCCCAGUGUGCGCUGGAGUUUGGGGGGCACCGCUCAGAUAAGCGAACUGGCCCCACUGUUCUUUCUCUUUCUGGCCCGACCUGGUGUGCGUGUGACUCUUCAGUAAGAGGCGUGGCUCUUUGGGUGGACAUGGUGCUGGAGGUGCAGAGGUCCAGCCACGGCCUCGUCUGGGGUGGCCUUGGCCCAGGCGGCCGGUCAGGUGGGUGCCCCUUGGCUGGACAUGGCUAUGCCCACCUGAGCUAGUGUUCAGCGGCAUUAGGCAGUCUGGGCUGGUUCAGGGUUUCAGGGCCACUGCCCCUGAGUUAAAGCAGCUUCCUUUCCGUUGCCCAGGGCAGGCCCGGGUGAGGGACAGAUUCCUGCAUACAGGUGAAGGGCUUGUUAUCCUUUCUUUGAAAAUAAACAGACUUGGCCCACCUUGGACUUUGGUUUUACAGACUCUCUCUGGGCUUAGCACCAGCGAGUAUUUUUCUUCACUGUCUGGAUGAAGUGUGUGUACAGGCUGUCUGGAAUCGCAGCUGGUUCUUGAGGGACUUGAGUUAAUGAUGUUUCCGGUCAUUUUAGGUUUCACCCACCUUCCUGACCCUCAGUCUUCUCACCUGCAGAAUGGAAACAGGCUUCUGCACCAGGCUGCUGGGUACUGAGCAGCAGGCGGAGGAUGAGAGCUCAGAGCAGUGUGUGGGAGGCUCAGGGUCUGUCUCAGCUGCAGGUCAGCGCCAGUCGCAGGGGGCUCGGCAGAGGGCUUCAGCGUUGAUGAGGGGAGGGCGGGGUGGCCCUGUGGCUGCUGAGCCGAGGGGGCGUGGGGCCGUGGCGCUCUCCGGGAAGAGCUUCUGGAACUGUCCUGUGUCAGCAAACGCUGCCCCUCCCCUUCUCAUGUGCCCGACCUGCAUGAAGUUCUGUCUCCAGCCCCAAGUCAGUUACUUAGUGAGUAAACUCUGUUAUGAAAGCAUCGGGGCAGUUGAGGGGGCAGAUCCUUAACUGGCCAGCCAGGUGAUGGAGGGGUGCUUUCGCCCUGUGCAAGGUUGGUUUGAUCGGUGGGCUCCUGGGUGGGGAGGAGAGGCCAGGCCUCCUGGGCUCUGCACGUGUCCUGCUUCCCGCCAGCUAAUUCUUUCCCCUGCUGACCUCUGAGGAACUUGGAUUGCAGAGCCUGCCUGGGAGUCACACUGAGUCCCAGAAUCUGGCAGAAACUCUGGCUCAGCCACAGCAUGCUAGCGUUAAGACUUUGACUCUGCAUGUUGAAACUGGAAAGUAUUUUGAAUCUUUCAAUAUAUUCCCACUUAUUUUUCUUUUUUCUUUGUCUUGCUUUUGGGCCAGCUGAGGGCCUUGGAAUUUCAUAUUUUAGGAUGGCCAUAUCUUGGGACCAUGUCAGGCAUGAACCGCAUGGAGAGAGCCUGUCUUUAUGUCCAGGGAACCUCCAUGACAGGGCCUUUCUGGGAACCUCUGGGGCAGACAGUGGAGAGGUUUACGUGAACGGACACCUCGCUCAGAGCUGGACCCCUGCCUUGUGGACCCCCUUCUGCCAGGCAGGGGCUCCUGGGGGGCUGGCCACUGGAGGUGGAGGGGCUGGACUGGAGAGGGAGUGGGCUCUGGGGGUGAGGGUAUGUGCAGGGUGCAGGUAUGUCUCUGGGAGGGGGUGCUUAGCACGGGCUCCGAGUCGGGGAGCUUGGAGAGGAGUCUCCCAGGACACGACUUCUCUGUCCUGUUUUGCUGUUUCCUUUCCACUUCCGGAGGCUCCAGACUGUGGGGUCAGCCUGACUCACAGCUGUGCUAUGUGCCCGGUGUUGGUCUCCAAGGGGCAGUGCUGCUGGCAUAGAGGGCGCCUGGCCGAGUGUUCUGUCCUGUCUAGAAACACGCAGGGGCCCUACUCUUGGGGUCUGCAUCUUCACCCCUGCCCCUGCCCCCAGUGCCUGCUUGCCCCUCCCUUGCUAGGUGGGCACAAAGGGAAGGUGUCACCAUGAGGUUAGAUGUGGCAUCUGGGGCGGGCACACCGCCCCCCUACCCCAUCCUGCCCCUUCCCAUGCUCAGCCCCAGGCCGGCCUCCAACACGGCCGGGCUGGACCCCACCUGUCCACUGCCUGCCCAGGGCGAGGGCUGCAGCAGUGCCUCCUGGGAAGGUUCCUGGGGACCAUCCACACGCCAGGCUGGGAGUGGGGCGCGCCCACCCUGUGUUGACCUGAAGUUGCUCUGUCUGCCUGGGGCCACUCCCUGGCCAGCUGGGUGGGAGCUGACGCUGAUGGCCUUGGUGAUAUUCCUGACAUCCUCUGUUUUAAGGCCCAUGACCUGAUGCUCAGCAACCUUAAGGAAUUUCCAAGCUUACCCACUUGGAAGGUCAGAACGGGGUCUGAGCUCAGUGUUGCCUGGCUCUGAGGGAGGUGCCCAGGAAUCGGAGUCUCGCAGCCUCAUCCCCAGGGCGAAGGUGAAGGUGUAAAUGGGCCCCUGCAGCUCUGCAGCAGUCGCUUGGGGACAGGUGGGGGCCUGCUGGCCCUGGUGUGCAGAGACUGGCCCCUGCUGUGUGCGGACGGUCCACUCUUCGCUAGCUGGGGCUCUGUGUUCCAGAUGCCUGCCCCCCAUCAUGGACAAGCAGAUGCACAUUAAGUGCUAACACCAGCUGGGGAAGAGGGGACUCCUCAGUGCCGUAGGGCUCCUGGUGACCUGGAGCAGGCACAAGGGACAUGGCAGAAGGCGGGCAGAGGGCUCUGCAGUCCUGCUCUGACUGGGGGACAGUGAGGAGCAGAUGGCACAAGAGCUCGAGGGUCCCUGCAGGCCUUGGAGGGGUGGGGGUCCCAGGGGAGGGUGAUGUAGGGGUGCAGGCUGUGUCUCAGAGCAGCCGCUGCCCGGAUGGCGCUACCCGCUCCUUUCUCCUGACCCUCCAUGGCUGCCUUAGGUGUCAACUGACGUGGUCAAAGUAGGGCGUUGGGUUGGGUGAGAGGCUUGACAGUUUCCCAUCAACAAGUCCAGUCACGCGUCCUCAGAGAAGCCCAGGGCGGGGUUUCUGGGUGGGUUUGGUGUAGGUCGGCACUUCCCUGUCGUCCCUGCCAGUUCUGCCUGGAUGGAGGCUUGGGGAAAAACGCCUGGGCCGAAUGAGGCAACAUGGACCUGGAAUUUAGAACAGGGGCCUGUGGGGUCUUCGCAGGUGCAGAGAUGCCCCGGGCUCUCCACAGAUGAGAACUGUAGCGACGGGUCCCUGGCAGGCCCCAAAGCAGAGUUCCCAGCCCAGGAUGUGGGGAGGUUUCCGAAAGGACAGAAUCUGGGCAGCGCUUGGGAGAUUUUCUCUGGUAACACGGCUACCUGCCCUGGUGGGAGGGAAGCUGUCCGUCACAUGCAGCUGCAGACGGGGAAGCCACUGCCACUCUCUGGAGCAGAAAGGGAGUUCAUAGGGUGCUUACAAAGCCUCCGGGCGGGUUCCCGGCCCCACCUGCAUGCCCAGAGGGCUCAGGACACCCCACAGGCAGUUCUGGGUUCCCAAAGCAUGCUGGUGUGCAGGGGCCAGGAAGCCACCACUCUGCCGGCCCGGGGGCUUCCCAGCACCCUCGGCGGAGGUGGGGCCUCCCCGGGAAGUCCAGCAUCCCCUGAGCUGCAGGAAAGCCGUGGCCCUCUGAGGCGCUCUGGGUGCAGCUCCCUGCCGUUGCCUGCGUCAUGCGCGGAAGCCAGAGGCAAGGCAUCUGAGUGGGGUACGUCUGGGGGUGCAGGCCUACAGAAAGCUUGCAUGGCGACUGCAGGCAGACCCAGUUGGGGUGGGUUCAUGGCCCCUGGUCCAGGGCGGUGGACCGUGGUCGUAUGUAGCUGGCCCAAGGGUCCCUACCCCUGCGGUCGGCGAGCAAACCGCCUCAGGCGCUCGGUGGCCACAGGCCUGCUCUGCUGGACUCCGGCCGUGGCCGUGACCGAGGCCUCCCACGAGGUGGGCCGCUCGGCUGUGGGUUCACAGGUGAAGAGGUCUGUGUGUUACCAGCUGGUGCCAACAGUGCACUCAGUGUGGACUCUGGGGUCCCAGGGCCAGGGUCUUAGAGCAGGGCUGACCACACCGCCCUGAAGAGGCCCUGGUGACCGGGCUAAGCGGGGUGUCUGAGAUGGUGGGUGCUGCCUCUGACCCUGGGUGCAGGAGCAGAGCCUGUGGAAGCCCAGCUUCGGAACUUAACACUGAACUGGGCACCUUCAGCCCAGGGUCAGGGUGACGGGCUGGACUGGUGUGAGGGAGGGCUCCUCCAGGCUCUCCACGUGAACAGCGUUAAUUUUUCUUAGCGAUUAUUUAUUACUGAGCAAAUGCUUAUUUUUUUAGAGAGUGAACUAAAUGAGCUGCAAGCUCCCUGCUCAUUCAAUAAGAUAUGCUGGUGGCUGGAACCGGUCAAGGUGGGCAUAUUCACACCACGAUAACUGGCAGAGGCUGAGAAUCGGGUUCUUUUUUAGCUGAGAAAGAUGGCUGGUAAAAAGCUGGGCAGCACCACCGAGGGUGGGCUCCAUGGCCUCCCUUUCUUUGCGGUGAUUUUGUGUUUCUCUAAGUUGCUACCCAGGGGCAGGGAGAUGGACCCAGGCCCGAGGUGGUCGCUCCUCGGGAUCCCCCUGUGUGGCCGUGUCUCUCCUGGGCUCCUAGUUUGUGAUGAAGCCUGAGAAAUAGAGCCCAACUUGUGUCUGCCCCGGACCUUCCUGUGUGACCUCAGUUGCCUGUGGCUUGCUGUCGCUUUUGUGGCCCAGGGGACUGUGUGCAGCAGUGUGGACGUACCGCCGGGUCACACGUGGGCCAUGUGGAAGCACCACCGGGUCACACGUGGGCCACGUAGCCCUGGAGUGGGAUCUGAAGAACAUCCUGUGGCUUUUAUUUUUUUAAAUAUAGGGAAAGGGAAAUGUUUUUAGAAAGUCAAACCUCCAUCCACUUGAAAUUCUCCCAGGGCACGUACAGCACUUCUGAGGCUUUUCCUGGGAGGUCAGCAAGCCUGUCCAGCCAGUGGGCGAAUGUCCUGCCAGGGUGCCAGCUGUUUCUGGGUGGUUUCCAGGCCUGGAGCCUCCUGUCCAGGGCUGCUAGCCUGCAGGAAUCCCUGGGGUUCUCAGGGCCAUCGGCCAGGAGCGCUAAUGUUUAAGCCCUCACAGUAGCUGGAACAGCCUGAGACAGAAGCAGAUGUGUGGCUCUGUCGUGAGGUCAGUCAGCCGUUGGGUCCCGAAAGGAAAGAAGUUUUUUUCUGGAGAUGAGAUUCCGGCUGAAGGCUGGUGCUGAGGUCCAAGGGGAAAUCAGGUGUUAAUUAGGGAACAGGAGAGCGCUCUCCUCAAGUCGGACCAUCGUUUCCACUCCACAAGGGUGUCUAGAGGCUGACCGCGUGCCGGGCUGGGCUGUGAGACCUGGGCUGGGAUUCCACCUGGACGCGCCCGGGUGGCCCUCACCGAGUCGGGAAGGCAAAGGCCCAGCUCUCCUCUGACCUGAUGAUUGGCCUACAAAGAAACAUGCUUCUGAGAAACUCCAAGUCCAGCACCUUCCCUAGAUUACAGCAAAGCCUCAAGGAAAAUAAUCAAGGAAAAUACAUUUAUUUUCUGGGAGAAAGCCGAAAGCAUGCAGCUUUAGGGACCCCCAGUUCAUCGGCUGCCCUGGUGUCCCCGGGGCAGGUCAGCCUGUUUUUCCUGGGGACCUUGCUUGGCAAACAGCAGCUUUAGGCGUUUUUCCCGUGUUAGUCCAGCAGCUGCUUUAAAUUCAGCUGCGGCUUCUCUGUGCCAAAGGUCGUGGUCAGGGAAUCACAGUGAUGUGUGAGGCGUUUCAUGCUCCGUUCAUGAACCUGUGCCCCGGGAUUUCCUGGGCUUUUAUGCGCUCAGUGGUGCUGAGUAGCCGAGGGAGCAGAUUCCAGGACCAUUAAGUCAGGUUUAGCGUCUGUCACAUGUCAGGGUCAGUGGAGUGUGUCCGGAGGGAAGGGGGGGCCCAGGCCUGGUUCUGCGACAAUACGUGAGCAGCCCACGUGCCCCACCUGGCCCUCCACACCCUUCCCAUGCGUGAAGGGGUCCCCUGUGCUCUUCUGUUUUCCGAAGCUGAUCCUUUCUUCUCUCGACACCUCCACCUCCCAGAAAUGGUUUGCCGACGGGAGCAUCAAUCUUAGAGCAGGAUACCGAGGGGCUAUGGGUGUCCUUUCUGCUCCUGCUUCUAGGCCAUGCGGUCAAUCUGCCCCUGUCAGCACCCAGGCUUGGAGCAAGGUGACGGUGAAGCGCUCUGUGUCUGUCCAGUCUUUGCUUCCCUUAGGACGGAAGAAAAUGAAGAGCAGCUGUGGGCUGGCUUACCAGUGGGGUGGUCCUCACAUGCUCUCUCAAAGGAGCAGGACAGUUUCCUGUCUGUGUGACACGGGUCUUGGCCCUCUUGGUGCAGGAAGGAGGACCUCUGGUGUGUGACAGGCGCUCAUGGUUUGAGCUUGGGCCUGAGCUACUUCACACUUCCCUGCUGUUCCCAUUCAUUCAGCAAACAUUUAUCGACGUUCUUCUGUCAGCUCUAGGGACUGGGAAGAAGGCAGUAAACCCCAGACCCCUGCCUGAGUGGAGCUUGUACUCAGGGGGCAGAUGGACAGUGAAGGAGGUAAGCUAGUUCACUAGUGUUUAUUUAAUGAAUGCUGAAAGCCAGAGAGUGUGUAGAAGUCAGCAGUCAUGCAUUCCCCGUUUGUUUAUUUCUUAAAUACAGCAACACACACACAUGGCUUAUCUUACUUCCCUGGGCUGUCCUCAGGAAAUGGCUCGGGGGAAAGAUUCUUUCAAAUAGUAAUCAUGAAAAAAUGGCUAUGAUUGGAGGAUAGAUAAAUAAAUACCAGUGUAUCCCCUUCUCUUUCUUCUGAGCUGUUUCUUGCUGUGUCCUAUUUUGGACUGAGCUGGAACAGGGGUGCCCUUUUUCCUGUCUGUGUUCUGACAGGUGUCACCUUGGCUACCCCACUUGUGGCCAGAUUAUGUCUUUAGCGAUGGAUAAAUGGUAUUCCUGGAUGAAGCUUAAGGAUUGGCUGUCGAAGGUCUCGUUGUUUCCCCAGAGGCCAGUCAGCAUUUUACUGGUGUUCAGCACCAUGAACACAAGGCCAAAGUCAUGUAUCUGUGCAUAUUGUUUGCACACGUCCACACUGAGGGCUUAUUCCGAGGAGUCUGCAUUGCAGACAGAUGUAGGUAGCUUGCUCCGUACCUGAAUAAUGACUGUUGUACUUCUCUUUGCACUUGAAAAUAUAGCUCUGAGUCAUUUUUAGGGAGAUCAUUUCUCAGAAAACUGUAUGUCGCUGUCCCUUGGAAAGAUCCUGCAGGCAGCAGGAAGCCAGUGUUUCCUGUAGUGACUACCGAAGCACUGGCCAUUAAGUGGCCGCAUUAUCUUUUUAAUACAGAAAUGGUAGCAUUUCAGCUUGCAGAAUCUUUAAGAAGUCACAAAUAUCCAAGAACAUGGUUUUGAACAGUUUUCAGUCUGUGGAGUGACAGAAUCACGUGAAUAACAUUUACUUUUCAAUGACUUGAAGACCUAGGUUUGUUGACCAUAUUUUCCAAUGAUACAAGUGUGGAGAUUAAUGUGCUUUUAAAUCAUAUUAUUAAAUGUAAUAUUGGGCUCAAGGGUCUGGGUACCCAUAUUCUGCUCUGGGAAAACACAAUGGGAAUGUGGGGGUCCAUGUAGUAACCUGGGGUGUCUAGAGAGAGAGUGGGGUCAUGGAGGGAAGGGUGAGGGGGUUAUUCAGGAACCUGAAGGGCUGUCCUUGAACGGCAAAUUAGAUUUAUCCUGUGCAGCUUUGAAGGGCUGAGCUAGGACCAAUGGGUAGAAUUUGAAAAACCACACAUCUUGGUCCAAUUUUAGGAAGACUGUUUCUCUGCUGAAAUGACAAAGAGGCAGUAGCCCUGUGAGGUGGUGAGUUCCAGUAGUGUGAUGUUUAAGCGGAGGCCCGACUGCUAUGGCACGAAUGUGGCAGAUUUCUGAGCCCCAGGGAGGUUCAGAAUCUGACUGUCAAGGGUCCCAGUCUUGAGGUUCAUGGCCUUGGCUGAGUGGGUCAGAAGGGGAGCGCACUGAGAUUCACCUGGAUCCGGUUCUUCAUCAGAAACCUCUCCUCCGGAUGCAGCAGCAAGAGCGUGGGACCCACAGGCCCCGCUCCGGUGCUGGCCCUGGGGCACGUGUUGAGACCCCACGAUCCUCGAGGGAACCUGUGGCCUGCCUCAGUGGGUCCACACCCUCCCCAGGGCUGAAGGUCAAAUGCUCCCGCUCUAGCCAGCUGGGUGACUUCUGCCCAUGCAGGGAAUAUUCAUUCAUUGCUUUCUCCUUUGCUGAUUUCCUUCUCCCCACAGCCAGCCUUUCUGGAAAGCUCUCCCCGCUGCCCUCAGCAACUGUGCUGCCAGGCUGAGGUGACACGUGCCCUUCACGCUCUCCUGCAUGCGCCUUUGGAGUGGUCCUGGAGGCCGCUUGCCCUCUCAUUUCCUAAUACCCCACUCACCCCCUGAAAUGGUGCUUAUAACGGAUUUGGCAAAGUGAGUUUGCAGAUUUUAGUCCUUUUAGAAAACCCUUUCAAAGACAUUUCACCGCCAAAUGUUUGGCAGGGCCUUGGGUGGGCGCUGCUUCUCAUUAACGGUGUGACGGCCGCACAGGGGGUGGCACCUGCUGUUUCUCAGGCGAUUGCCCGGCAGGAGGGGACAGAUGAGCUCCUGUCUGUGUGGCCUCUGUGGAAUGCUGGCCCCAGCUGCUCUGCAGGGGCAGUUCAUAUCCCUUUGUUGACCUCAAACUGCUGCCUUUAGUCUGAAGAAUAAGGGCAGCAUUUCAUGGCCACCGCUCUGUGACACACUCAGGAAGCCUCCGUGUCCCCGGGUGUGGCCCGAGGCUCACGUCCUCAGAGCUGUGAGGAUGGGGCCUGCGUGCACGUGGGCUACCCCUCCCCACCACUAACCACAGCUGCCUCUUCAGCACCUUUCCGCGCACCCCCGCUCCCCUGGAGGAGCAGGGGUGCUUCUGGGUCCUGGAUUUGGGGAGUGCGGUGUUGGAGGCUGUCAGGACUUGCUCCUUCACCAGAAACUUAGGCGAGGGAGGGGCGGGGAGGGCACCACUGAAAGGCUCCUUUGUCGACUCUCGGAAGGCAUUAAGGAGGAAGGUUGAAAUCCCACAGAAGAGGCCACGAGGCUGCCUGGGCUGGAGCUGCUGGCGGCCUGGGGAGGUGCCUGCUGGCCCUGGGUUCUGGUGCGCAUCAGGUCUGGCCUGUUGGCUCUGGCAGGAAACAAAGGCCCCCUGGGGGCCCCUGCCCGCCUUCAUUUGCAUUCAGCUGUUGUAAGUUCCGGAGGCUCUGGCUGAGCAGCGUCUUUCCCCGAGCCCCUCCCCUGACAGCCCUUGGAGCAGAGGGGAACUAUGCGCUCCUCGGGCCUGUGCAGCCACGCAGAGCACAGGCGGGGCGGGGGGGCCUACCCCCUCCGUCCUUCUGUGUUAGGUCGUCUAUUAAGUGACAGAUUAAAAUCAAACCAUGUACAGCAAAAAUGGGAAAACGAUUGGCUGUUUGCAAAGCCCAGGUUCAGCUGGCUAAGGUGCUGGAGCAACGUGGGACAGAGAACCCGCCUUCGGGGUCCUUCCUGCACCCACCGCUGCACUCCAGGCACGUGGGCAGCCCCUGUAGUCCCGGUUUUCUGGGGUUGACUGCCAUCGACUCUGAUUGGACAGAAUCAGGUCAUGUGCCAGCCCCUGCGCCAAUCGGCUCGUUCAGGGAGAUUUGGCCCUCUGGCAGGCAGGACCUCGCGAUGGGCCUGGUGGGGGGCAGGGACCGCGCAUGCCCGGUCGGUCUCCACGCCGCGGCGGUCCUGGCGCUGCCUGCGGCCCGGGUGGCCCUGUGGCCCAGUCCCGCCCGCGUGCUGCGGCUUCGCCGAGCGCGUCGCGCGGGAGCCUUGCGUGGGGGCCCCAGACCCGUGCUGAUUCAGGAAACCGGGGCCUGCCUUUCCCCACUAAGUAGAUGCCUCACCCACGACCUCCCUUUGGAGGCGAGGAUUUUCCAUGUCUCAGGGUUUGGACACUUAUUCUAAAUGGACACAAGGACAGCCAUUUCCCUCAGUGCCGUGGCAGUGAAUCUACUUCCCCACCAGCCUGCAAAAUCAGCACGUCGUUUCUGGAACAGAGCCUGCCGUGCCCCAAGCCUUCGGGUGCCCGCGCCCCAGGCUCUGCCGGCCGGGCAGGUCUUGCAGGCUCCAGAAUCACUCCGCCCCGACUGCUCCGAGUUUUGGCCCUCCCGCGUCUCUGAUGGUCACCCCCUCGUC